AUGAUUAACAAGAAAUAAGAUAGUCAUUGGUUCUAGAACUUAAAUUCCUCUACUGCCAUAAUUUUAGAUAAAUUCAAGUAUUCCCUAAUUAAAACUUUGAAUAAAAUCGAGGAAGAGUAGUCCAUCACACUUAUACAUGAUGCAUUCAUCUAUCUAUCACAUAAACAAUUUUGUUAAAGGUCUGAUUGCAUUUGCCAUACAACUUCUUAUUAUUCUGAUGUGUCGAAGAUUGCUCCUUUGACUAUUUAGAUGAGACAGUAAUUUUACAAAAAAAAACUAAAAUAAUUAUCUUGUUUGGUUUAUCAAUCGGUUUAGGGUUCAAAAGCAAAAUUAUUAGAGUAAGUUAUUAAUCAUUCGAUCAUGCAAUAUGAUUUUGGUUUAACCAUAGCUGCAAUUAAGACACUCAAUUCUAUUUUAAUAAGUGAUUCUUAAUCUACUUAUUUUUCAAUUGCACUUUAAUCUUCAAGUACAGUUUAAACAAAAAUUGAUACAAAUACUCUUGCACUCUCAAAUAAUUCAGAAACAGCUGAAUUAAGAGAAUGUAAUUUCAACUUUAAGAUUAAUUUAUCUCUUAUCCAAAGAAUUAAGAUAAGAAUAAUUAUAAGCAUAGCUAAAUGCGAAAUGAAGAAUCUAUUGUCUUAAUCAUUCUAUACUUAUUCUUAGAAUGUUAUAAUUGAUUAUUUAUAAAAAUUUUUAACUUUCGAAUUUUAAAUGGAUGACAUUAAAACAUUGAUAAUCUAAUAGGCUUAAUAAAAAGUUAACUAUUAUUAAAAACUCAAUCAAGACAGUUCUUUUAAUCUUAAUAAUAUUUUUUAAAUAACAAGAGAUACAUGUAGUUCUAUAAUAAAAACCAACAAUAUACUGAAAUCAAAAUUUUCAGACUUUCCAUGUCUCAGCAUCCAAAAUGCCAUCUGUUAUUAUGAAUCUGAAAUUAGUAACAAUUACCAUGAAGCCAGAAAAGUCAGUAAUCAAACUUCAAUGUCUGAUGAAAAAUUUCUAAUGUUUAAUUCAAGCCUGAUUAAUAAUAAAGAUAAGAUUGGUUACCUUAUAGUUGAAAUUUCAAAUGAUUUUAAAUAAACUGAGAUUAAAUUUGCUUCUAAUUAGUUCUAAAAAUUAUUUGAAAGAAAAAGUUUUGACCAAAAAUUACAAUUAGAUGAUUUAUUACCAAAAUUUCUAAUUAAAUAUCAUCCCUCAUUAAUGGAGAAUUUUUUAACAACAGGCCAAUCAAAAUUUUUCUAAAACUUUCAGUUAAAUUUUUUAAACACAAAUGAUGGAUUUAUAAAAGGAGUAAGAAUGUGUUAUGAUUUAACUAAAAUAGAAAAAUAGUAAGAUUAAUUGAUUUUUGCAGUUUUCUUCUAAGAAUUGUCUGAUAGUAAAGCCUAUAUUUUGGUUGAUGGAGCUACAAAAUAUUGUUACUUUAGCGAAAGUUUUUUUAAAAAAAUAGGAUUUCAAGAGCAUGAAAUUAAAUUUAUCAAGUCUUCCAACAUCUUAUUAAAUUUAUCAAUUACAUAUUUAUUACCUGAUUAUGAUACAUUGAUUGAUAUAAAUGAAUCAGAGAUUAGAUUAUAAGGAGUUGAUUUAUAUUUUGCCAACGUCUUUAGAUUGUUUAGCACUAUUUUUACAGAAAAAAAAGUGCAAACCUCUUUAAAUACACUUUCCAAAAUUGCUUGGCAUAGAAAGGAUAAAUUAUUUAAAUAUAAUGUGAAUUUAUAAAUAACGAGAAGAGAAUUUAAAGAGUUUUAUUAUAUCAUCAUAGAAAUAUUGUCCGUAGAAGCAAAUUCAUAAACGAAUAUUUUUGAUUCAACAAAUCGUAUUGAAUGUCAAGAUUAUUUAUAAAAAAUUGAAUGUUCAAUUAGUGAAGAAUCUGGAAGUUAUUCUUCAGGGCAAUUAAACUUUCAAUAUUAGGAUAUACCAAAUAAAGUCGAAGUAUUUCAAGGGCUAAAAAAUGAAUUCAUUCUAUCUCAUCAUUAUUUAGAUUCAUUAAGUUAACCAAGAAUUACAAUCUGUGAACCAGGAAGAUUUAUUACACCUAAUGAAAGUUCAUCCGAUACAAAGAGAAAGUUUCAUUCAAGAAAUCAAUAAGAAUUUUAUUCACAAAAACUUUCCUAAGUAGACAUUCAAGCUUUGAUCUCAGAAAAAAAAUUAGAUUUACCAUAUGAUGAUGAAUAGUAAUAACAGCUAAAAGUGGAUUAAUUAUCUGAUAAGUCUUCUAUAGAGGAUGAAUAAAAAAAGAAGUUUAUGAAAAAGUUUGAACUGGUUUAAAAAUUAAUGGUUCACAAAAGACCACUAAAACUAAUUGAAAUUUUAUCUCUUCUAACACUCUAAAAUAUAAUCUUUACAAUAUUUUCUUUAAUUGCUAUUACUGUGAUGUUUAAUGACUUAACUUAAGUUCUUAAAGAGAUAGAUACAAUAUCUUUACAUUCAAGUAUAAUGGUUAAACAUGACAUAUACUUUUCAAUUAGAGCAACCAUCAAGAUUUAUUAAGAAUAUUAAAAAAAUAAAGUCGUUUUGAAUGUAACAAAUCUUAUCUCGCCUUUCUAUAAUCAUUUAACUGAAUCAUACCUAGAUUAUUAAAAUGAUUUAUAUAAUUAGUUUUAGAAUCUAAAUUUAUAACCCUAUCUAGAUGAUUAUUAUUUAAUGAUUUAUUAAUUAGAAUCAUUAGAUAAUUAUUAAUUGCUAGAGAAGAAUGUCACCAUUAGGGAAGCCCUAAUUGUUUAUCUUCAAUAUGAAUUUGCUGUUUUGGAUGCUUUUAUAAAUUAAAAGGACGUUUCUAACUCAACCUUUCAGGUGUUUUUAUUUACAAAUUUUGUGAAAUUGCAUCAAUAUUUAGAGAAUCUCACUAAAAAUUUACUUUCUGAAUCAACUAACAGAAGUCUUAGUGUUGCCAAUAAAUGGAUGCUGAUUUGGAUUUUUUUUUAAAUUGGAGCCUUGGUUUUAGCAAUUUUUAAUUUUUAUUGCUAUUACAAUUACAUUACGUUUUACGAUAAAUUUUUAUUAACUCUAAAAUUUAUUGAAUAGGACCUAAUAGCUUAAGAAAUAGAGAGAUACAAAGAAAUUAUAAAAAAACUUAAAGAUAAUGGUAGGCAUGUAUUUGAAUACAAAAUUGAUUUGGAUCUAAUCCAACAAUCUAAAAUAAAUAAAAGAUAGUUAUCCAUUAAAAACAAAGAAACUAUAAAUAAAAAAGUAAUAAAAUUAAGAAGGUUUUCCUCCUUUAUGCUCAUAUUUGUUUUGAAUUUAAUCUUUGGAGGUUACUCUGCUAUAAUUAAUCAAAGAACACAAAUAUAUUUAAACAAAUACGAAAAAACAGCAAAUUUGUUCAAACUUUUUUAGGAUUUAAGUUUAAGUGGAGGAAAUUGCUUUUUGUAUAAAGAAAUAUUGCUUGGCUUUAAUAAUUAUACUUUUUAUUUUUAAUAAGAUAGAGAAAAUAUGUAUCAAAUGCUUUUCAAUUCAUUAGAUUCUAUUCAGUAUUACUUAAACUUAAGUAAUUCUUUAGACUUUAACACUUAUCUUGCUACAGAUUCUUUUAUAAUACUUUUCAAUGAUUUAAAAACUAAUUCUUUAUGCUCAUAUUUUACUCAAGUAUGUAAAAAAUUAUGAUAUAGGAAUAUUUAUAUUCAUACUGCUAAUUAUCAUUUGACGGUGUAUUGUCUUAAGGGCUAGUCUCUUCCUUAAAUUACGUAUAAAAUACUAUAAAAACCUAAUAAGCCAUCAAUAACUUCACAGUUAAAACUGACUAUAGUUUAUACGAAUAGGAAGGAAAUUAAAUAAUUACAAGAGCAUUCUUGAAUAUGUCUUUAACUUUUAAAGAAGAUUUAACAUCACUUACAUAAAAUUAAACCGACUUAGCAUAUGUAUUUAUUCGUAUUUUUUAUUUAGAAUUUAUCUAUAGCAUUUUUUAUAUACUCAUUCAUUGUCACAUUUUGUUUAUUAUUUUAUUUAAAGUAACAUUUAACUAAUGAAUAUUUUAUAAUUAGAAGAAUUAUUAGCUUAAUCCCAAUAAAUGUCCUAAUGUUUGACGAGACAUUAGACAGAUAUUUAAGGGAGAUAGCAUUGCACCAAGAAUUAUUAUGA